AUGGGCCCUCCCAAAUUCCGCUUCAAUACGACCGCUCUCUCGGAACCUGAGGUUGCGUCGGCAGAUAAAAUCGCUAGAGAUGAGCCUAAGACAGCCAGUCCUGCUACGAUUGUACCGACCAACGUGGAUCUAGAAGCCGAUGACCUGCCACGCAAGGAUGCCGACACCCUGCCGACCGAGACGGCCCAGGCCGGUGUCCAGGACGUCGAGGCCGUGACCCUCACCUGGUCUAGGCCUUCUCUGAUUGCCGUCUUCAUUCUCAUGUUCCUUUUGUACUUUGUCAACGCGUUCCAGGCCUCCAUCCUCUACAACCUGACGCCGUACGUGACCAGUGAUUUCCAGUCGCAUUCACUCUUGACCGUCAUCGGAAUCGUGUCCAACGCAAUGACCGCCGCCAUGUACAUCCCUCUGGCCAAGAUGCUUGAUCUGUGGGGCCGUGCCGAGGGCUUUGCACUUAUGAUCUUCUUCGCCACGCUUGGCCUGGUCCUCAUGGCCACCAGCAACAGCCUGCCUACCUACUGCGCUGCCCAGGUGUUCUACAGCAUUGGCUUCGGUGGCAUGACCUACAGCAUCGACGUAAUUACCGCUGAUGCCUCGCGUCUCAAGUCCCGGGCCCUGGCAUACGCCUUCACUUCGUCGCCGUACAUCAUCACCGCCUUUGCGGGCCCGAAGGCCUCUGACGACUUCUACAACUACAUCAGCUGGCGCUGGGGCUUCGGUACAUUUUGUAUUAUCUUGCCCAUCGUCGCUCUGCCGCUCUUCGCCCUGCUUAAGCUCAACUUGCGCAAGGCCAAGAGACAGGGCAUGUUGAUCCGCGAGUCAAGCGGCCGCACAUUGUUGCAAAACGUCUGGUUCUACCUGGCCGAGUUUGACUUUCUGGGCGUGUUCCUGUUCGCGGCUGGUCUGACCGUCUUCCUGCUUCCGUUCACGCUGGCAGAAUCGGCGCCCAAUGGCUGGAAGUCGGGUUACAUUAUUGCCAUGAUCGUUGUCGGUGCUUUCAUCCUGGUACUCUUCGGCCUUCACGAGUGGCUGCUGGCCCCGUCGCCAUUCCUCAACAUUGGUCUGCUGGUCAACCGCACUGUCAUCGGUGCCUGUCUGAUUGACAUCACCUACCAGAUCUCGUACUACUGCUGGGCCAGCUACUUCACGUCGUUCCUGCAGGUCGUCAACAACCUGACCUUGGCCGAGGCUGGGUACGUUGGCAGCACGUUUGACGUCCUGUCGGGAGUUUUGUUGCUGGGCAUCGGCUUCCUUGUCCGUAAGACGGGCUAUUUCAAGUACCUGUUGUACAUUGCGGUGCCCAUGUACAUUCUCGGCAUGGGCCUCAUGAUCCACUUCCGCUCGCCCAACGGCUACAUUGGCUACAUUGUCAUGUGCCAGAUCUUCAUCUCGUUCGGAGGCUCCAUCUUCAUUAUGAUUGAGCAGCUGGCUAUCCUGGCCGUUGUCGACCACCAGCAUGUCGCGGCUGUUCUGGCUCUGCUAUACGUUGUCGGCAACGUUGGCGGCGCCAUCGGCAACACCAUUUCCGGUACCAUCUGGACCAACACUUUUGCGGAUGCCCUGGAAAUGUACCUGCCCGCUGAAGCCAUGGACAAGAUCGAGGACAUCUACGACGACCUUGACACGCAGCUGAGCUACGAGGUCGGCAGUCCCACCCGACUGGCCAUCCAGGACGCAUAUGGCUACUCCCAGAAGCGUAUGUUGAUUGCUGGCACUGCCAUCAUGGCGACCUCUUUUGUCUGGAUGUUAUUUAUUAAGAACAUUAACGUCAAGAAAGUCCCCCAGGUCAAGGGUACUGUCUUCUAA